AUGUCUUCAGCACUAGUACUUGCAAAUGGCGGCAGCAGCAACGAGGCUGGCCCUAGCCGCCCCAGCCUGCAACGGCAGUCGACCCCUCCCUAUCGCUCAUCACUUCUUCCCUUCACCGACGCGCUGCCGUAUUACGACCAAGAUCUGGAGCAAGAUGCUUCAUUAAGAGCGCGGAUAGACCGAGAGAUACGCAGGGAAAUGGAAGGUACGGAUCUGGCUACCAAUAAGACUAUUGAAGACCGGAUAGGACCCGCCUUUGACUUCUCUGAAAACCUCUCAAAGUUAGUAGAACAGGAGAUGGAACGAGUCUUGCGGAGAGAACCGCCUGCGGCAGGAGGCCUCGAUAUGUCGCGCUACACGCUGCCAUCACCUCCCGAAGGGGAAGAAGACUCUGAACUCGCAUGGGACGGCGCAUUACGCAACUCUUCAACUCAAUUAGCGCUGCAAGAGUUUCGCAUGAGCAACAUCGAGCUGCUCAAGGCAUAUGGAGCAAAUGCUUGGCGCUUGCACAACUUUCAGCAGGAAGCCAUGUUGCGUUCCAUCGACUCCUUCAACGACGCUGCGCGCGCACGAACCACAGGCAUCAAUCGGAAGCGCAAAGAGUUGCAGACACGAGCAGGUGGAGAAAAACUCAAUAGCCUGCAGAAUAAAUGGGCGGAACUCAUCAGCAGCAACUUGCAAGUAGAGGUCGCAAACAUCACAUCGGCUCACGAGGUCGAGGUGCUCCGGCUAAAGCGCCAGAAGCUGGAGAAGGAGCUGGAGGCGCUGGAUCGCGAGGAACUGAAAGGCUAA